UUCCAAAUCAAAUGACCUACAAAAUUAGGGCAGAGAUGUUCUCUUCAAAUUCUCAGCUCAUUCAAAAUGGGGAAAAUCACUUAACAAUCUGAGGUAACCAAUCUCUGCGAUUUUUUUAAUCAUUUCUCCUUUCAAUUUGCUUUAAUUUGGCAAUGAUCAAUCUCGUUAGCAAAUGGGUUCCUCGAAUUUGCUCAAGAGAACACCUCAUGCCAUUUAAAAACCUAGCUUUUGGAUCUCUUCGUUGCAAAGAAGUGUUCUUUAUCAACUGCGAACUACCAAUUUCUGCAAAAGAUCGAAUUUUGUCGUCGAAAUAUCUUUGUUUUCAUUCAAUCAAAAGAGCAUCUAUUACUGAGUGGGCACCUUGUAUUUCGUUGAAAGGUCAAGUUUUUGCAUCAAAUUAUCACAACAGAGCAACCUUUGUGAGAUGGAUAUCUCAUAAUUUUGUGAAUAAUCGAGUUUUUUCAUCGAAACAUGGAGGUUCUCGUAUAAAAAUCCCAGUUUUGGGCAACACUAGAGGUUUUAGCUCUGUGGGUGCUGCUCCUAAUGAUCCAAAGCCUGCAUUUCGAGGCCAUCGAAUAAUAUCUCAGGCCCAAGAGGCUCUUAUGGACUAUCUCCAUUUUACAACAGGCUUAGAGUUCUCUGAUGCUGAGCACAUGAGCAAAAACUCCCCCAGUUUUCUUAACAAGAUCUUGGACAAGGUUGAGAAGGAGGGUGAAGAUAUCGAAAGAGCAUUAACGAGGUUUUUCCGAUAUCAUCCUCCUAACGAAGUCGAAAUUUUCUUUGAGAGCAUGGGUCUGAAACCUUCUGAUUUUAACUCGUUACUCCCUCGGGACUUGUUUUAUCUCAAAGAUGAUCUGGAAUUGCUUGAUAACUAUCAUGUCCUUUGUAAUUAUGGUAUUGAUCGUAGUGAAAUAGGAAGGAUUUACAAGAAGGCUGCUGAUGUUUUCAAGUAUGAGUGUGGUGUGUUGGGGUCCAAGCUUCGGGCUUAUGAGGAAUUGGGUCUGAGAAAGUCUAAUGUUAUUAAGCUUGUUGUUUCGAACCCGCCUCUUCUGAUUGGGGAUGUAAAUAAAGAGUUUGCUAAAGUUCUAGAAGGGUUGGAAGAUCUUGGUCUGGAGCGUAAUUGGAUUGGAGAUGUUUUGUCUGAAAAGGAUUUCUAUAGUUGGAGUAGAAUGCUCAUAGUUCUGCAAUCUUGUUUCGAAAUGGGGUUCACUAAACAAGAAUUAGAGGCUUUGAUAAGAGAACAUCCUGAUUUCUUGCUUGAUGGUUCUGGGCGAACACUAUUUUCAUUGAUUGGAUUUCAACUGAAAUUAGGUGCAACAAGAAAGGAAAUAUUCAGCCUUCUAUUAAAUUUCCCUCAGGUUCAAGUUGGGAAGUUCAUGAAAAAUUUGCGGCAGGGUUUAGUAUUUCUUGUGGAGCUUCAAAUGGAUCCUGAGGAUAUCAAAAUGCUUUUGUGUACUCAUAAAGAAAUGUUUGGUAAGCACACUUUGAAGAAAGCUAGUAGCGUUGUUAGCUUACUGCAGACAAGUAGCAAGAGGUUGUGUACAAUAAUAAAGGACGAUCCACAUCAACUGAAGAAUUAUGUUAAAGGGUCUAAGCUAAGCGCUCUUCCUUGCACUCGAGAUGAUGAAUUGUGUCAUAUGCAGAGAAGAAAGUUUCUCUUGUGUUUAGGGUUUGUCGACAACUCCAAAGACAUGGAGAAGGCAAUGACUUAUCUCCGUGGCAAAAGCGAUGAGCUUCAAGGGCGAUAUGAUUUAUUGGUUAAAUUUGGACUCAAGAAGGAUGAUGUGUAUACUAUGAUUAAAAAGUCUCCAAUUGUGUUGAACCAGACGGUAGAUGUCCUUGAGAAAAAGAUUAAUUUUCUUGUAAAAGAAUUGGGUUAUCCCUUAAGUACACUUGUCGAAUUUCCGAAAAUUUUGGCAUACACUAUAGAAAGGGUGAAACUCAGGUUGUCAAUGUACACGUGGCUCAGGGAUAGAGGAAAGGCAUCACCUACGUUAGCAUUGAGUAGUAUCCUUUCUUGUUCCGAUGAGAAAUUUAGAAAGUGGCUUAUUAGUGGUCAUCCACAGGGUCCUAAAGUGUGGGAAGAGUUUAAGGCAGAAUUAUACUCAAAGUAAUUAUUUCGAAAGAGAAUUCUUGAGAACAGAUUAAUCCGAUCUAAUUCCUUAUUCUGUGCUCAUGUAAAGCGUCAACGAAGCAUAUACCAAGUUUUCUGGUGAAUUGCUGAAUGUGUUACUUUUGUGAAUUCAACCUUUCAUUGGUCACUUAUUAAGUUGUGAGUUGGCCGGUGAAAUUGCUGGGCUCUGCAUUCAGUUCCAGGUGGGAUUAGUGAAGUUGCAGCUAUCGCGAAAAUGGAACCUUCUCUGGUAUAUGAAUGAUGUAAUUUUGUUUUAUUGCAAGUGGAUGGGACAUCACUCAGUUUAAAGAAGGCUCUUUAUGGUGAAAAAGAAUCUAUUCAUCUAUGCUCAGAGCACAGUAUGUUAUAUGAACUCAGGUUUAAUGAGAUUUGCUAAGGUGAAUUAAGUGGGAGGAACGUAGGAGUAUUCUGAAUCCGUCUCUGACUACAGAGUCCUGAAAUUGAUCGUCGAUCUUGAAGUUAUUCAUCAUUUAAUCAAAAUAGCAAGGAGAUGUAACUCAUGGGAUGAUGCAACUCUGAUCGAGACGGCAUCAGUACAUUAUAAAAUACAUCUUCAAAUCUAUGAAGGGAGCCUGAAAUGAGGUUUAUGUCAGGCUCGGGGGGGCAGCUUAAAUAUCUUUUCCCAAAAAAAAAAAUUAUGACGAAGGAUUGUUGAUCCCAGCAGUUCAAAGGUGUGAUAUCAAAGCUGGAUGUCUAACAUUUAGAAAGCUUGUAAUAUGCUAAUAUUAACUUUAAAGAAUUUAUUUGGAAGAGAAGAGAA